AUGGACGCCAAGCCUUUUAGACCGCGCGGCGCCGAAAAUGCACCUCAUCUUCAACAACAACACAAGUCAACGGGAAAUCUGGCCAACAUGGCCAAGUCCACCACAGCAGCUGGGUUCCGUGGGCCUGCUAAGCGAGCAGCGUUCGGCGAUGUGACCAACGUUAGCAAGCAAAUCGGACACACUCGUGAUGACGGCAAAUCAAUCAAAGUCUACGCUACGAAUGGUGUCAGUCAUGGACUUACAGGCGUGCCCGUGAGCAAAGAGAACGGUGCCUACGGCAAGGAAGCCUUCUCCCGUCCCGCUCAAAGAAUCGCCAACCAAGCAUCAACACGAACCGCACUCGAAAACAAAAACUUUGACGCGAACAAGAAGCCUUAUGUGAGGAAGGAUGGCCACGUUGCCACCAAACCUCCUGCUCCUUCUUCGGUCCAGAAUGCGCCUUCCCUCCAACCCAGACAUCACAAGAGUCAGCCUCAGCUCAAGCCUCAACAGCAGCCGAACAGUCUACGGCGCACACAGAGCAAGCAGCUCGACAAGGUCGUGCCCAAGCCAGAUGCCGAUACGGGCCACAAGGCGACGAAUCCUGCGGGAUUCCAGCUUCAGGAGACAGAAUAUCCCUAUGACCACGCUGCGUAUCUUGACUCCAUGUAUCUGCCUAUUGAAGCUGGUGCCCCCCUUGAUGUGCUCCAAAAGGAGGAGUACCCGGAGCUACCUGCCAAACUUCCCGAAAUUUCUGAAGAUGAUGCUGCCAUCCAUUCUUUCGAAGAAGCCCACAUGCCCGCCAUGUCAGAACCUGAAGAAUGCUGGGAAGAGGAUGAGGAUGAGGAUUAUGACGACCAGGACCAAGCAUACACAACAGCGCACUCGGUUCGUUCCCGAGAUAUGACUGCUGGUGGUGCUACAGAGAUUGAUCCUCUACCGCGUGUAACAGCGCGAGUCCAGCGCGAACUCGAAGACGCCCGUGAGGAGGUGGAGCGAACUCGCACUACAGACGAGAUCGAAGAGGAGAUGUGGGAUGUUAGCAUGGUUGCCGAGUAUGGCGACGAGAUUUUUGAGUAUAUGCGCGAGCUCGAGAUCAAGAUGCUCCCCAACGCCCAUUAUAUGGAUGACCAGACCGAGAUUCAAUGGUCAAUGCGAUCUGUUCUUAUGGAUUGGCUUGUGCAGGUCCAUAACCGUUUCGGUCUCUUACCUGAAACUCUUUUCCUGACUGUCAACUAUAUCGACCGUUUCCUUUCCCAGAAGAUCGUGUCGAUUGGCAAGCUUCAACUCGUCGGCGCGACAGCCAUCUUGGUCGCCUCCAAAUACGAAGAGAUUAACUGUCCUUCUCUAGGGGAGAUUGUAUACAUGGUCGACAAUGGGUACACCGCGGAAGAAGUCCUCAAGGCCGAGCGCUUUAUGCUUAGUAUGCUGAGCUUCGAGCUGGGCUGGCCUGGCCCCAUGAGCUUUUUGCGACGCGUCAGCAAGGCUGAUGACUAUGACUUGGACACUCGUACUCUCGCGAAAUAUUUCCUCGAGUUGACCAUCAUGGACGAGCGUUUCGUGGCUUCACCCCCGAGCUUCCUUGCUGCGGGUGCGCACUGCCUUUCACGACUCAUUCUCAAGAAGGGUGACUGGACUAAGCAGCAUGUCUACUACUCGGGCUAUACUUGGGGUCAGUUGAAGAGCCUGGUUACGAUGAUGAUCGAAUGCUGUGAUCGUCCUCACCUACACCAUGCCGCAGUGUUCGACAAGUACACAGACCGUCGGUACAAGGAAGCAUCUUUGUUGGUGCAGUCAGCACUUGAUGCCGGGUUCACUCUUCCUCACCAAGUGGCACCUGUUCGUCAAGAGCUUGACGCCUACCGUGAAGACAGUGCUGAAUUGCCCAUUGCGCAGCCUCAGCUCAUUCCCAUCGAGGGUUGAAAGUCCUUUAGUUGGCGAUGAGCGCUUGCGAGUUUUUGUUUUGUUGUUGUCAGUUUACUGUGACUGAUGAGGACUUGCCGGCCCGGUAUAUCACAUCCCGCCAUCAUCCUAGAGCCGGGCCGGGAUCGAGGCGUUCAUGCACUUCUACCCAUUUACCGACUUUGCGCGUUGCCUCGGCCUACAACAUCAAGCCUGACCCUUUGUUUUGCCUUGAUCUUGUCACCGAGGCCGGCGCUUCUUCUUGACAACAUUUAUUCACUAAUACUUGGUCGGGACCUGGCGCAAUCACGACAUUAAUUAUCCGGAGCCACAACAACUCUCCCCACGCUGUUCCUGACCUUCACUUCCUUGCCUCUUCCACUUUUGAACUCUCGAGUUCGCCAGUGUGAUCAGGAAGGAAAGAGCAACACUGUAUAACGACUCUGGAUGACUGUUACGAAUAUUACGAUUGUGCGAAUGCGUUUAUUAUCAUCAUUUUACUGCCGAUUUGGCUGGUUUAAUACAUCUUCGGAAAUCGGCGUCGCGGGAAAUGGUUCGACCAGUACUGGUUCUACAGGCCUGCGAUAGCAUUAAGGCAACUUGCAACUGGGAGACGAACCACGGAUAGGGGCGUAUGGGGAUUCUGAUUCAGGGGCCAUGGUGAUCAAGCUGGGUUUCUUGGGUGGUGGCUGGCUCGUGACUCCAUACAGACAGAGGAGUCAACAAUAUACCAGAUCAACAGGGAUGGGAUUAUCAAAAGCAUGUAGCCUUUGGGCAGAUCUGAGCCAUCACCACCACUGCCAUGACUAGCAACCCCAUAGGCGCCCGGUUUGCAUUUAUAGUAACAUAUAGAAUUUUAG